AUGGACAACUUUGUUCGCCCAGCUCAGUCAUGCACUGUUCAAGAGGCAGCGAUUUUUACAGAGAGCAUUUUGAACAUGCUUGUGACCGAUAUGAGACCACUGUCCAUGGUGGAAGACAAGGGAUUUAGAGACAUGAUCUCAACUUUUAAUCCUAAAUACAACCUGCCAUCAAGAACAUAUUUCACACAACUGAUGGAGAAGAAACACAGAGACAUUACAGAAAAAUUAAAAGCUGUCCUAAAGCAAACAGAGUAUGUUGCUUUGACAACAGACAUUUGGACCAGUGUGGCAACAGAGGCCUACCUGGGGGUGACAUGCCACUUCUUAGGGGAAGAUUGGGAGAUGAAGUCCCUCUCUCUAACCACAAUGCCCUUAGAAGAGAGACACACUGCAGCCAACAUUGCAGACUGGCUAGAGGAGACAACUGCCAAAUUUGAGAUUCAACUUGUAAAGGUAAAGGCAGUUGUCCAUGACAAUGGGGCCAAUGUGGUGGCAGCAGCAAGAAUUCUUAGAAAGAGGCAUGGGUGGGCUUCUGUGAGAUGUGCAGGGCAUACUUUAAAUUUAGUUGUGCAGAGCACACUCAAAAACAAAACAAUUGCUAGUUGUGUGGGUUCUGCUAGGUGCUUAGUGGAACACUUCAAGAAGAGUGAACUGGCCUGCACUAAGCUUAAAGAAAAACAACAGCAGAUGGGAAAUCCAUCACUCAUGUUGAUACAGGAUGUCAGUACCCGGUGGAACAGUACGUAUCACAUGUUAUCAAGACUCCUAGAACAGCGAUGGCCUGUGACUGCAGCUCUCUCCGAUCCAGCAGCCAAUCCAAGAGGUAAACACCACUACCUGGAUAUAAAGCCAGAGCAGUGGCACAUCAGUGAGGAGUUGACACAGGUCCUUGGGCCAUUUGAAGAAGCUACAGAGUUUCUUAGUGGAGAACAGUAUGUCACCCUCUCUGCUCUUCCACAGCUGGUCCAAAACCUUAAAAAGUCCACACUGGCUGCAGAACCCGAAACUGCACCAGUGAAGGCAUUUCAGGCUUCUGCUGCACAGCAGAUCACAGAGAGGUGGCAAGGGCUGUAUGAAUUUCUACCUGAUUCUCCCAACCCUGUCCUUCUUGCUGCUGCUUUGGACCCCAGGUUUAGAAAACUGAAGUUCUUGCCUGUGGAAGAGGUGUUGAAGUUCCAAACUACUAUUCAAACAAUGGCACUAGCUGCCAGAAAGGACUCAAAACAGACACAUGUAAGGGGAGAGGAAGCCACUGCCACCACAUCAGCUACACACACUACAGGUAGAUCACAUCAGAAAAGUAUUCUGGGAUCAUCAUCAGAGGAUGAGGAUGAAGGAGAGGAUGAGGAUGAGCAGAUUAACAGAGCAGUGCAGAGGGAGGUCUUGGAGUAUUUUGGUGAACAGCCUAUUUCCAAAAAGGAUAAUCCACUGCCAUGGUGGAGAAAAAAUCAAGAAAGAUAUCCAAGCUUGGCACAGCUGGCAAAGGCUUUCUUGGGGAUCCCAGCAACAUCAACACCUUCAGAGCGCUUGUUCUCUGCUGCUGGGAACAUUGCCUCAAAACGUAGGGCAAGCCUAAGUGCUGAGCAUGUGGAUAUGUUGACAUUUCUCCAUUGCAACUAUAAGCUGUUGUAA